AUGGUGUCGAAUCGCUGCCAAAUUGAAGUGGUCACCGUCCUGUCACUACACCGACGUGACGUCACCUAUCCUAUAGAUUCGCGAUCCAAUCGGGGAUCGAGGGUAGGCCCACCGUUCACGUCAGCAUCUCAUCAUCGACGACACAUUCGCCCACUGGUUAAGGUCACCGAUCUAUCGGUCCGUGGACAUGAGUCAGCUACCCUGGGUAAAGAGCGAUCCGACCAGGGAUCAAGGGUAGACCUCAUUGUCCACGAUGCAAAACCCUCCACAAUUUUCUCAACUCCAACUAGAUGA